GACCCUGGGCAGGGCGCCAGCCCACCGCAGACAAAUAAACAUUAAUACAAUACCAAAAGUAACAAGUAUCUGUUGUGUUGUUCACAAAUGCAUUGAUAUCUUGUGAGACUGGUUACCACAAAGAGAGAUUUAGAAACGUUUGACAGACAUAAAUCACAGUUUAGUAUCAACAAGGCAAUGGUCUGUGAGGAAUAGGACAGCAAACCGGGCUUUCAAGUUGUGGUUCAAGUUUUUGUAAAGAAACAGGAAAACUGUGAACAAGCUGAAAAGUACUGAAAGGCCGCUUUCUUAGAAGACAGAAGGAAGUCCAAUGAAGUGUUUUUGGGCUUCUUCCUUGGUUUUAGUUUUUUUUCUUUCUCUUUCUUAAUUUAGGUGGAAUUUUUAUGAGUUCUUUUUGCCAUUUAUGCUACUGAAUGUGUUUGCAUUUUAUUUUUAAUGCAUUUUUUUCAUAUUUAUCAUAAGUCAUCUGUGUUUGUUUUUUUCAUUCUGUGACGUUUCCUGCUCUUUGUAUUUUGACCCCAUGCUGCUGUCUGUCAUAAGGGCAUACAUUACGUAAAAGCCUGAGUGUUGAGGCGUUAGCUCCUCUUAAUGCUGUUUGACUCACCUUUCAUUGAUUCUUUUUGUUUCUGUUAUCAUUUCUUUCAGUUUUCUUAUUACUGUUGAUGUUUUUGAGUUUCAGAUUUUUUUUAAUAUUGAGAUACCUCUUAGGCGGUAACCUUUUGUAAACUCUUAGUCGAGUUUUUUCUUCAUCUUUUUUGUUUGUUGAACACCGUUAUUUAAAUAUAUUGUAAUAUUAUUAAGAAAUAGUUAUGUUCCUUGGCCGAGGGGUUUUAUGGUUUCCCCUCUUACAUUUUGGAAUUUUUGGGCUGGAUUUUUUACAGGUAUAGGGCAGCACAAUUUUAUUUGUGUUUCAGGGCCAGGUCUACUUUUAUAAUCUUUGGCUUAAUUUUAUUUGUGAGGCCUAGUUUGGAGUUUUGUGGGCCCAAAUAUUAUGUUGAACAUCUGGCAGAGUCAUGCUUGAACCAUGCAAGUAAGUUUUACAAGAAAUGGUCUUAUAGGUCAGGUUGUAAAUUAGAAACAUUGUUGCAGAAAAAAAGAUUUAAGCAUGUAAAAGACCAAAAGCAAGGAGAAACCAGUGACAAAAAGUCUAAUAAUGCUCCACCUUUGGGAAAAUGACCCAUUGGCAAAUAUGAAUCCCCAAACACACAGCAAAGUAAAUUAAGACACACUUAAGAGAGGAAGUCUGCAGAUGAAACACUAAUCAUAUUAGAUUAGCAGCCUCAGUGCCCAACAUUAACUAAACUGACGCAGACAAAGUCAGAAGAAGAGCUAUAACAAAUCCAGCAAGAAACCUUGGAAGGAUUUACUGCAGGCCUACUUGAAAUAAUGAAACAGCAGUAAGCAAAAGUGCAUCAGGUCAGCUUUGCAAUCUAAAGGAGGACCCACAAAAUACUACAAUACAUUUCAUCAAUGUUUAUUUGUAAUAUUAUAUAGUGUUUGUCUGAACAAAUAAACACCUACUGCCCAGAUAGCUAGUUUUAAAAUAACAGUACCAUAUAUACUGCCAUUCAUAAUAAGUAUAAUCUGAAUCCAGUAGCGAAGCAUUUCAUAUUAAAUGGCAGUACAACGAUAUAUACAGUCAUGUGAAAAAGUAAGUACUCCCCAUGGAAACGGUGGAUUUUUUCAACAUAUUUAAACAGGCAAACAUUAGAUCUUCAUGUAAACAGUGCCUAACGAUAUACUUGAAUAGAUGACAUAUAAAACUGACAUGGUGUAUUCCGUCUCAUAAUCUAAAAAAUGCUGACUUGUCAUGUGGAAAAAAGUACCCUACAUUUAUCACCACUUCAGAUCCAUAAAAUUAGAAUUAGGUAUUUCAGAUCAAGUGCCAGUGAUCAGAACCUCCUUAGGGAGAAUGCAGCUGUCUUUUUUAAACUGUUGAUAUCUAGGCUCUUGUCUUCUAUUUGUUAUUGACCUGUGCGGUGCCAUCAAGCUAAAAUCAAAAGAGCCCUGAAAGACCUUCAGAAAGAAGGUUGUGGAUGCCCAUGAGAAAGAUUUACUGUAUCAUAUUAAAUAAACAGCCAGUUUGGGGAAGCAUAAAAUAGGAUAGUUAAAAAAAAAUGGAAGUUGAUAAACUGACAAGUUCCUCAGAAUACGUUAAAAAUGUUAGCAUUCUGUAAUGUUUGUAAUCAAACUCUACUGUGACAUUUUUCUUUUUGGUUUUAACAUGCUGCACUCAAAUUAGAAAUAAAUGACUUGCCUCAUGUCCCCUUCUACUGUGAAAUACCAAGCUUCAUUUCUUGUAGUAAGUGUUGGAGUUUGAUGAGAACAGCCCCUGACUCACUAGCAUGCAGCAAAAUUUUAUACAAAUUAAAGAUGCAGGUAACAGCAAUUCACAGAAGGAUAACGUGCAGUUGUACACAUCAAAAAAUGAAGAUCUAGGAAAUUUCAAACACAGCAGAAAAAUGCCAGAUGAUUCAUUCUCACUGUUCACAAAGCUGAAAAACAACAUAACAGCAAGCUGGCAUUUGCCUGUCUAGUCAGCAGUGUUUGUCUCCGCCCCAAUGGCCCAAAACUCUAAGCUUCCUGAGACCACCUAAUUGCUCCUCUCUUCUUUAAACCAGUUUCUAAAUGGGUCUGGUGGAUUCUCCUCUCACAUCAAUGACUUUCAAGAUAUAGUCCCUGCAGACUGCUGAAAACGGAAGCAUAUCCCAACAGCAUUGAAGAUCACGGGGUCCUGUUAAUAUAGAUCCCCAUGCAGUCAGCAGAAGAGCUUCCAGGUUGCAUUAUGACAACACCAGAGAAGCAGCAGGAGGAGAAGGAGGAGGAGGAGAAGGUGGAAUAUGGGAGAGGAAAUGAGGAAGAAAACUGUGGUACACCGGUUGAAGAGCUCUCCUCCAAAGAAUUAAGCUGUACGGAUGCACGGGUUGAAGAGCUCUCCUCCAAAGAAUUAAGCUAUACGGAUGAUGAAAAGUGUGCCAAUAAACCCGUCGAUGGGAACACUGAAAGCUCUUGGGAUACCUCUGACACGGAAUGCGUCAUCUGCUUCUGUUCCUAUGAUAAUGUCUUCAAAGCUCCGAAGGUUUUAACCUGCAAUCACACUUUCUGCCUGGAAUGCCUAGCUCGAAUCAACGUAUCUCAUGAAAAAGGCACUACUUUGGUUUGUCCUGUAUGUCGCUUAGAAACCCAGCUACCAGGAGCAAAUGGCCUACCGACUCUACAGAACAACCAGGAAAUCUUCAGGCAGCUGCCUUCAGAUAUGCAGGAUGCUAUGUCAGUUCGCUUCAACCGAAAAAAAGGACGGCUAUGGGUAAAGAGGAAGGUGGACCCAGCUUCAUUUAUUAAACCUGUUAAGGUCAACAGUGUCAGCCUCUCACUUGAUGUUGGCCGGCCACCUUCUCAGGUCAGAAGCAGGACAAUCAGGGUGCUGAGAUCAAACUGGUGUUAUUGUUUAGCCAUUUUUAUUUUCUCCCUUGUUGCAGUGAUGCUGGUGUUUGCUGGUAUCUACAUCUUUGUAAUCAUGCCAGGUUACAUUUCUAGCAGCAACGUAAACAACAACAACUCCACAGAAUGGCCACCACAUAAAAAUAACAGUAGAUCCUGUAACAACAUUGACUGUAAUUAGUGUACCAAUCUAGUAACCCUGGUGGAGAUUCUGGACCUGAUGUAGAUCAAGAGAUUAUCCCAAAAAAAGGGCUCAGAAAAAACUCAGAAGAUAAACCAGGGACUUGUAAUCCAAGGAUUUAUGAACUUAACACAUAAACAUAAGGACUAGUGACCCCUGUUGUCCCACAAUCACUGGGUUGCUUUAGUAUGCAAAUAAAAAGACCUUUGAUCAAGCAGCUAUUGUUGUUGCUACGAAAAUCUACUCCAAGAAAAAUUAUGCCUUGUAUAGUUUCUUGGCAUAUCCAGAAUCCUGACUUGGCAUCUAAAUUAGAAGUGAAACAUCUUCUGGUUCGUCCUCUGAUUAGACAAUUUAUAUUCUGUUUUGUCUAAACUGUUGGUAUGUGUUUAGAGGAAGCACUGAAUUAAAAAAAUAUAUAUGCCGGUGAUGUUUUCUUUCAGCAUUGACGUCAGCGCCUCUCAUUCGCAAAGGAGCAAUGACCCUCCAGCAUUGCAGUCCUGCCACUUUGCACAUUUGCUGUGUUUCAUAACCCAGGCUACCAAAAAACAAGAUUUUACCUAUAUGAGAAGGAGCUACUGAAAGGUGUGUGGCAACAUCAUGCAGCAGGAAGUCUUCUACUAAAAUAAAAAACAAACCUCAUUGUAAACUAAGGGUAUCAAUGAAAAGCAAAGUGUGAGAAAAAAAAAAGGACAUUGCAACAUUAACUGCUUGUGUACACACAGCCACAGGGGAACAAAGACAACUCUCCUCUACAUGAAGACAUUCAAGAGUUCAGCCUGACAAUACUAGACUGACACUCAGUGGGCCAGGUUGGUAUGUUUAUGAGGAACUGCUUACAGUAAAUCAACUUCAGCCUUAAGGAGACAUGGCAAAGAGAAGAAAAGCAAAAGAAACAAACAUGGGAUAAGCCUCACCAGUUUCCUCUUUUGAUAACAACAAGAAGCAAACAGUUAUCACUGGUUACUUGGUGGAUAAUGUGGAAAGUCAGUCUGAAAAGUUCAUUUAUAUUUAAAGAGAAAAUGUGUGUGUGUGUAUAUAUAUAUACAUAUAUAUAUAUAUAUGUAUACAGUAU